GUACACGCUAUCAAGGGCGUGCCACAUAGACAACGAAUUCGGGCAACCGACUGCAUCGCGAUGGGACUGGUCAAUCUCGGUGAGCCCUCUUUAGCGGGCCUCUGCGUACAUAAUAGUCAGACAGAGAUUGAAAGCGACACACAAUAGCUCAUUGACACCAUCUCUCUAGACCUUGCGCUGUAACCCCGCAGCAGACAACACAAGAACGCUUCGCAUUUCGCGGCACGAGAAUGCCGAGGGGCAGUAAACGGGCUCAGCCCUCCGCGGAGCCGUGCGGCUCUGGGGAUUUUGAGGUCGAUGCUCCUCCCCCAAACAAGAAGAGGGCCACUACCAAGGGCUCAAGCAAGGCGAAUUCUGGCAAAAGGGAAUCGCACACCGGUGGAGGCGUGGACCGCCGGCCCGUGUGGUUCUGGGCUGAUUUCAACAAGUGGUGGCGCAGCGAGCUGGACCGGCAGAAGAAGCGCCCGGGCAAGGCUGCAAUUCUGGCCUGGUACAACAAGAAUGCCGAGUCGGCUUGGCCCGAGGACGUGCGGCCCACCUUCCAGGAGACGCGCCUGCAUGCCAAGUGCCUCCGCUCUACCGAGGCCGUCCGGGAGUACUUCCGCAGCUACCGCGCUCGCCGGCGGGAGCAAGACCUGUCUGACGAGGAUGACGAGGACGAGGAGGCCGAGUUCAACUCCCCCCGCGCCGCCCGCAGCGCCGCCGCCGCCGCCACCGCGACCGCCCAAACCGCUCAACUCGCCGCCGCCGCCGAGACCCCCGCCGCCGCCGCCGCGCCGCCAGUUGCCGCGCCGCCGCCGCAGCAGCGCCGCUACUACCGCCAGCCUGCGCACCGCCGCGGCUCGGACGGCUCCUCGGCCGGCGGCGCCGCCGACUCGUCGGAGCCGCUGGACGCCGCCGCGCUCAUCGCCGAGCACAACCGCCGCGUGGCGCUGCUGGCGGAGCGGGAGGUGCAGCAGGCGGAGGCGGCCGCCGACCGCCGGCAGCAGGCGGAGGCUGCGGCCCGGCAGCAGCAGCAGCAGCAGCAGCAGCAGCAGCAGCAGCAGCAGCAGCAGGCGUGGCAGCCAUCCUUCCUGGGCUCCGCCACCGACCCUCAGCAGCUGCAGCAGCUGCCGCAACAGCCCCUGCAGCGCUGUGACGGCGUUGCCGGCAGCGGCACCUCGAGCACCACCACCACCACCACUGGCACCGCCGCCGCCGAGACGCUGGGCCUGCACCCCCUGAGCUACGGCUGGAUUCCCCCGCCGCAGCCCGGCGCCGUGGUCUCUGCCGCCGCCGCCGCUGCCCGCUCCGGCCGCGACCGCAUCUGCAGCGAGGCGGGCGGCACCGAGCCCCUCGCCGCCACCGCCACCCUCGGCCUCGGCCUGGGCGGCCCCAUUCUGCCGUCGCUGCAGCUGCCGGCGUCGCUGCUGCCGCCCCUGCAGCCGACUGCCGCCGGCAACGUCGUCACCACCGGCUGCUGCGGCUUCAGCUUUGGAACCACCACCACCGCAGCCAGCGGCCCCGUCGCCGGCGUGGGUGCCGCCGGCAGCUUUAUGUCUGCCCAGCCUCUGCCGCGGCUGCUGCUGCCUCAGGAGGCCCCCGCCAACGACGACCGCCGGCGCAGUGAGCGCGCAUCCACGACCGGCGAGCAGCCGCAGCAGCCGCCACUCGGCAGCGGCUGGCGGUGCAUCGGCGGCUUCAUUGCCGAGCGGGAGGAGGAGGAGCAGGAGUGGGAGGAGGAGCUCCGCUCCGGCGGCGACGCCCCCAACACGCCCUUCAGCUGCGCCGGCGCCGGCGCCACCGGUGCCGCUGCCGGCAUUGCCGGCAUGGAGGACGACUGCGGCGGCGCCCCGACCUCCGAGGGCACCACCACCCACACCGUCACCCACACCGGCACCAGCAGCGCCGACGAGCUGGACGACGGCGAGUCGGAGCGCUGGACGCCCACCGCCGCUGGCGCGGGCGCGGCGCCCCACUUCCGCUACCAAGACGCAGGCUUCAUGUCGGUGCCCCAGUUCCCGGCCUCCUUCUUCUUCCAGCAGCAGCAGCAGCAGCAGCAAGUGGUGGCGGGCGACGGCGCCGUGCUACUGCCGCCGCCGGCGGCAGCUACUGUCGGCGCCGGCUUUGGCAGCAGCUGCCUGCUGCCGCCGCCGACGGCCUCCGAGGUGAUGAUGCUGGACAGCACCGUGGCGGGGGUGGUGCUGGCGGGGGCGGCGGGGGCGGAGGCGGGGCAGCAGCAGAAGCAGCUGUGGGCGGCGAUGUGCGGCGGCGAGGACGAGGACGAGGACACCAGCGACCUGCCGGAGGUCUUCUUCUUCUAGCGUCUUGCCAAGGCAAGACAUAUGUCCCGCCGCCUCUUCGCGCCUCCACAAAGAGACAUCGAGGCCUUUGAAAUGUCGGCACACCGGCACAUACAGCCAACUCAAGACAGGAGCAAGACCCGCACCUGUGACAACACACCCUGACAACGACGUGCUCCCCGCACAGACCAGCAGCCAGCAAGGAGAGCAACAUGCUCUUGCUGGAUGCCAGUUUUGAGUUCAUAUCAGUGAUUAGGAGGAGCAACAGACAUAGCUCAUCCACCUUGUAUGAAAACCUAGAGUGCUGGUUGUAAAGCAAGCCGCGCCUGCUGCUUUGGAUGUGACAGAAGCAAAGAUGCUUCUGUUGCGCACGGGCAAGCGGAAGGCGGCCGUAGCACACGUGUGCGUGAUAAGCAUGUACUGGAAAUGCGAGGGGAUCGGUGUGUGUAUGUGCGUGUGUGUGUGUAAUGUGGGGAAUGUGGGGAAUGGGGACUGCGCUUGAGCGCACGGCAUGGCACUCAAGCGGGGAGGUCCGCUACGGGUUUUUACCAUGCAGCAUUAUGUGUGUGUGUGUGUGUGUGUGUGUGUGUGUGUGUGUAUGAGCAGCCUGCUCGCUUCUUCUUCUUUUCGGGGGAAACUUCCUCCCUUUCUUCAUAUUUGCGGUCGCAUCGCUCUCGAUUCCGUAGAAUUGCUUUACCGUGCACCCCUGCUUGGCUUGGGCGGGGCGUGCCAAAUAAGAGUUUGGUUUGGCUAUGCCAUGUACAUACAUAUACUGAGGCUGCGGUGGUGGUGGCGGUGGGUGUCAUGCGGCGACCCACGUGUGUGUUUCGGCACGCGCGGCCCACCCCCACCCGCCUCGCAGACCUCGCUCGGUCUCAGGAUGAGCAAAUAGACUCUGUGUAUCGGCACAACACGCGGCGUGCUCUCGCGAUCAGUUACCGUGAGGUGUGCAGUGCGCCUCGUACCCAGAUUCAUUUUGUUUGCUUUUCGUCCGGUUUCAGUUCAAUGAGGAGUGAAAGAGAGCGGUGGCAUCGAAUAAAGACGGGCUGUGCCCCGGGCCAGAACCGACUUUCUUUAGAUAAAGCGUGGGCUGCGGCUAACAACUUGCAAUAAGACAACGCCCCGCCCUGCAUAAGGGCGGUGGUACAGAGCGUGUGUGCGGACGGAACAAUGCGGGUGCUGCCCUCUCGGCGGCGGCUGUGUGCCGGUGGGGAUUAUUUGGCAGGGUGCGUACGAGUGAGACGUAGGAGGUUGGGUGUGCAUGUGGGUAUGCGCGUGGGUGUGGAUGUGGGUAUGCGUGGCUCAAUACCGGUGGUGGCUAUUCAUCAGCCCUCUCCUCUGGGAGUGGGGGCAGCGGUGCCUGCACCACUCCUCCGGAGGCGGUUUAUAUUUGACAUGCGCCCGUAUGGCUGGCGGCUGGUUGCUUCUGCUUCUGCUGCUGCUUCGAUCAGCGCAGUUGCAGUCGCAGUCGCAGUCACAGCGGCGCCAUUCAGUCGCAUGGCUAUGGUGUGCUUGAAGGGACGCGGCAAAGCAUCAGAAGCGAAUCGCUUAUUGAUUCUUUCUGUGUGCUUAGUCGCUGCCUGCGUGAAGAGCAUAGGGUGAGUUUGUCUCAAGGACGGUACUGCGGCCACGACGCGAGCUGUUUGGCUUGUGUGUCUUGUACAUAGGACGUACGGCUGCGCCUUGGAGAGGAAGGAAGAAAGAAAAGCGUUCAAGCACCUGGGAUGGGAUGGGCGGUGGGGCGGUGAGGUAACUACCGUACGAUUGUUGUCUUCAUGGCGGCGGCGUGGCAGUGCUCUGCGCGGACUGUGUCCCCGCCACGUACACACUUACGAAGGCGAUCAGACGAAGAGGACGGCGGAAGAAUGGUGGAAGAAUGGUGGAAGAAUGCAUGUGAAGGACGGGGGGGCUGGCGAAUGGUCACGUAUGUGUGUGUGGGGGGGGGGUGUUAGAGAGGAAGGAAUGCGCAGGACACCGUAUGCGGUGAGGCGCGGUGCGAUGCGGCCCGCCACAGCCAAGUGGUUGUGUUGCGGCAGGCAGCCGCAGCGCGUGGGGCUGCGGGGCCGUCUCGUGUGGUGGGAUGCACGACAUUGUUGGUUGCGGAGGUGCGGGCGUGUGUGCGGGAGGGGUGGCGUGCCCGGGGCAGUGGGCACUAGCACGGGGGGGGGGUACUACACGCGUGUGGGGCAGCAAUGACACAACCUUCGGACCGCUGCGUAAGCGGGGACAGCACGAAUGGACUUGGGCCCAUGGGGGUGCCUGAGCGACCGCCGGUACCCACAUCCAUGUAAUCUGAAUGGAUC